UUCACUAAUCAUUGACGUCCUCUUUUCCUCCCGGACAGACUAAGAAGCAUCCAGUGAACCACAUCAAGCGGCCAAUGAACGCCUUCAUGGUGUGGUCACAGCUGGAGCGACGCAAGAUCGUCCAGAGACACCCUGACAUGCACAACGCUGAGAUCUCGAAACGACUGGGCAAGCGCUGGAAGAAUCUCUCCUCUCUGGAGCGUCAGCCCUACAUUGAGGAGGCUGAGAGACUUAGACUACUCCACAUACAAGAGUACCCAGACUACAAGUACCGGCCGCGAAAGAAGGCUCGGCUGGUGCCGCCUCCGUGCGGGUCAGGUCGCGGGCUGCAAGAGGGCACUGGGUCGCGAACUCCCUCUCCAGGAGGCUCCCGCUUGAGUUCGAUGCCAAGAAGACAACGCCGACCAGCUGUCAAGCUGCUCUCCUCGACUCGCCUGUGCAUCAGCGUCGCCACGCAGCCCAGAGCCGCCCACAACGCCGCCAAGAAGAAGAAACGAGGAGGAAGAGGAAGAGGAGGAGGAGAUAAACCAUGUCAAAACGGUAGCAACGGCAGGAAAGCUUCUUCAAGAGGCACUUCGCAAGGCUCCAAUCCGAAGAGGCGCAACGGAAACACUUCCGGCAAGGAUCACAGAAAGAACUCAAGAAGUUCCAAAUGCCCCCACCCCAGGGGCGGUGGGGUCUCCAGGAGGACCAAGGGGCUCUCCAAGGGGUUCUUCACCCCUCCGACUCCACCCUCACCGGCCUGUCCAUCCCCGUUGUCCCCGGAGUCGCUGGUCUUCUUCCUGGACGACGAUUCGGAAGCCCACACGCCCUUACCCACGCCCACGGACUUCAGCGGCGCUCUCUUAGGCUGCUGCUCUGUCUUAGACACACCCACGCCCUCUCCUGAGCCUGUAGACACCACGCCCACCCGUGGUACACAUGAUACCCUGGGCGACCUCUCCUACCUGGCUGAUAUAUUACAGAUGUCUCCUCAGUUUCCGGUGGACCUGGACCUCAGUCCCGAGCUGGACCUCGAGUCGUGCUCCUCCUCGACCACCACUUCGGCCUCGGGGUCCCACUUCGAGUUCUCGUGUACACCAGAUGUAGCCGAUGCUCUUUGUGACGUGGGUCUGACAGUGUCAGACUGGCUGGAUCCAUCGCUGAACAAUCUCAUAUGUUCUUAAGUGCCACUUGACUUGCUCUAGCCACUCAGUGCCACUCGACUUGCUCUAGCCACUCAGUGCCACUCGACUUGCUCUAGAACUGGCUGAACUGACCUGAAGAUGCAAUUGUUGUGUAUCAUGGAGUAAGAAGUGAAUCGCUGUGACUUAAAGAGACAUUGCAAUGUUCUAACUUGAGUUAGAAAUGCUAUUCUUAUUGGAGUUUCAAGUGGUACAGCUCCGACUUGAACGAGUGGAAUCGUUUUGACUUAGAUAAGAAGUGCAAGUGUUCCCAUUCUGAGUAGCAAGUAAAACUGUUCUCUAUAGAGCAUCUUGCUUGCUACUAGAGAAGAAUAACGAGAAAUCAGACAAACAAACAUUCUAGGAAAUACAGGGUUGCUAGAGAUUACACAUAAACUGUAUAAGAUCAGUGAGUAAGAGUGUUGUUGCUUUUGUAGAUGCUUAGAGGAAUAUACCUUGAGCUUACUUCAGUUGCCGGAAAUUGAUUCUUUCGAGGCACUGGUUAGGAUCACUGUCAUUUAAGAUAUCAUCCCAGCAUGUUUCAUAUGGAACAUGAUUUAUCUGAUCCCAGUUGAUGUUCUUGUUGUUCAAGUUGAAUUUGGCGAAGAGCAAUGCAUGCACGAGAUUUUGCAAGGUAUUACGCUCACGUGAUCUUAGUACUUAAGUAUUAAUCACUAACCAAGAAGGUUGAACCAUGAUUGACAGCCAUUUUGGGGUUUCAUCGUCGAAGGUGUUGUGACAUUUGGUUAUCUACCUGAUUGUAUGGUAAGAGGAGGAACGGCAGAUGCAAGGAAACCUAUCCACAUAUUUUGCAUGCCCAGGAAUCGAACCCGAAGUCCUUUGUGAUCCUAAGGCUAUGAUCACUGAGCUCCUGGGUUACCCCGUCUACUCUACAUACAAAUACGUUUCCUUGGCUACGUAUCGCACAAUAACUAAGACGACCAAAAACAAAAGGAUUAAAACACAGACUGAUCAAAGCACAAUAUGGAUGGGGAACCGAACAAGCGGCGAGCGAGUCGCAAAACUCGAGGCCAGUGCAUAAGCCACUGGGCCACUGGCUACAAUAAGAUUCAUCCCACUAGGUAUAUUUAUACACAGCACAAGAAGGUUAGCAUGGGCCACUACUGUGACCACAAAUGCAAGUUUUUACAGACGAAUCUCCCGCCAGCGUGGCUCUGGCGAUCUCUAGCCUAGCUCAUAAUACAGGACGAUGUAAACAAGGUGUGACUCACAGCUGAAGUAAAUGAAGACGGUCAUAUUUGAUGUGAAAAAAAUUAAAACAACAGCGAAAUUAAUUCUCUGUGAAAAACGGACACUUGUGCGUAGCUAAGGGCAUUUAUUAAGGGAAACGUAGCUAAGGACAUUUAUUAAGGGAAAUGCAGCUAAGGACAUUUAUUAAGGGAAACGUAGCUAAGGACAUUUAUUAAGGGAAACGUAGCUAAGGACAUUUAAGGGAAACGUAGCUAAGGACAUUUAUUAAGGGAAACGUAGCUAAGGACAUUUAUUAAGGGAAACGCAGCUAAGAACAUUUAUUAAGGGAAACGCAGGUAAGGACAUUUAUUAAGGGAAACGUAGCUAAGGACAUUUAUUAAGGGAAACGUAGCUAAGGACAUUUAUUAAGGGAAACGCAGCUAAGGACAUUUAUUAAGGGAAACGUUUCGCCACAAGUGGCUUCAUCAGUCCUGAUCAAUAAAUGUCCAGAACUCAGCGCAAGUGUGUCCUUUUGCACAACUGGUCUGUCCUCCCACGCCAUUUACACGUAAUGUUAUGAGGUGUCUCGGUAUUUAACACACUAGUGCGGGUCUCCUGGUAAUGAAGAGGAAUAUAGUGUGUGUGUGUGUGUGUGUGUGUGUGUGUGUGUGUGUGUG